UGUAAUCCGAUUAAAAUCUAUAAAUAAUCACAAGGUUUUUCAGUCAACGAAAAACUUCAUUAAUAAAAAGGUUUUUUUAAGUAUAUUUCGUACACAAACAGCUUACACAGUAAUCAUUAUUACUAGAGAAAUAUGUAUUAAAAAUAAGGACACCUUCGUAUACCUAAAACUAACAAAAGAAAUAGAAUAGAAAGAAAAUAUCAAUAUGGAAAAAAACCGGUACAAUGGCCGUUCAUAGUUCAACACAAAAGCGUUUUCUAAAGCAAUUUUUUUUAGUAUCAGCAAUCAGGACUACUUUCAAACACACGUACACAGACAUUCCCGGACACAUGACGCGCAGUUCUUCAUUUAUUUUAUCACGUUAAAGUAUAAUAAAAACCACAGUGCAUAUAAAGUGUUUAAACCAUUAAUUUUCAAUUAAAACGUAUACAGUGCAUCAUUAAACGUGAAACAUGGCAGGUCUUCUCAAAAUAUCCAGGCGUAGCCUAACUCUCAUCAGGCGCUACAGCACACCCUUGAUCUACUCCGACGAAGUACGAACAGCCAAGAAUGAUAACAAGCCAAUCGUGGCCUUAGAAUCGACUAUUAUCACCCAUGGGAUGCCAUACCCAAAAAACUUGGAGACUGCUUUGGAAGUGGAGAAUAUUAUUCGGAAUCAGGGCGCGGUGCCAGCAACAAUCGCAAUUCUCAAAGGACAAUUGACAAUUGGCUUAACAAGAACUCAAUUGGAAUAUCUUGCUCAAGCCAAAGAUGUAAUAAAGGCGUCGAGGAGAGAUCUUGCGAUGGUGGUGGCUGGUAAACAAGAUGGCGCCACUACUGUUGCCGGGACUAUUAUAUCUGCUGAAUUGGCCGAUAUUCCAGUUUUCGUCACUGGAGGGAUUGGUGGUGUCCAUAGAGAUGGUGAGAAGACCUUGGAUGUGUCAGCUGAUCUCACUGAGCUGGGACGGAGUAAGACACUUGUUGUAUGCAGUGGAGUGAAAUCUAUUUUGGAUAUUGGAAGAACUCUUGAAUAUUUGGAAACGCAAGGUGUAACUGUGUGUGCUCUUGGUGAGUCCAAGCAGUUCCCAGCCUUCUACACACGACGCUCAGGCUUCGAUGCCCCAUACAACGUUGUUGAUGCAGAGCACGCAGCCAGUGUGUUAAAUGCGGCGAGGUCUUUACAUCUCUCUUCUGGCAUUGUUGUUGCUGUGCCCGUUCCUGAAGAACGCGCGAUGGAUGAAAAGAAAAUAGAGACAGCAAUAUCAAAUGCAUUAAAAAAUGCAAAUGAAAAGGGCGUCCGUGGAAAAGAGAUAACACCAUUUCUCCUGGCUGCGGUGUCUAAAGCAACGGGUGGUGCCUCAUUAGAUACAAAUAUCGCCCUAAUAAAGAACAACGCUAAAGUGGGCGCUGACAUCUCCAUACAUUACCAGAAAUUGAGAAUCAACGCUCCAAUUCAAUCGCGGGGGCUCCACACGUCGUGUCGUCGCAUGAGUGAUGUUCUGGUGAUUGGGGGCGCGAAUGUGGACAGGACCUAUAGAAUUACGGAGGAGAAUAUACAGCUUGAUGGCAGCACGCAUGCGUGUACAACUGAGCAGUGCGGUGGAGGAGUCGGCCGUAAUAUCGCAGAGGCUCUGUGGAGACUCAGCGGAGGCCGAGCCAAGCUGCUCACAGCUGUUGGUGAUGAUGCUGACGGGCGGUUUUUGCAUAACAUCGCACCUGGAUUAAUACUUGAUGGUUGCUUCACGAAAGAAUAUUCCACUGCAACGUACGCUGCAAUAUUUGACAAGAAAGGAGAGUGCGCCAUAGGCUUGGGUGACAUGGAAGUACAUAGACAUAUUUCGCCAGAAUUGGUAAACAAACACAUCGAGAUAUUGAAAAAUGCACCGCUCAUUGUAAUUGACGGCAACAUUCCACAAAACACCAUGGAGCAUGUUCUGGAGCUAUGCCAGAAAUACCAGAAAAAAGUUUUUUUCGAGCCGACUGAUAGAAGAAAAUCAAUCAAGCCAUUCCUUAAUAAUCAAAACAUAACAUAUGCAUCACCAAACCUUUUAGAGUUAAAAGAAAUUGCAAGUUAUUUAAAUCCACAUAUUGAAAAUGAUAUUGUAUGUAAUGAACAUGACAUUAUAAGAUUAUCAAAAGUCGUAUUAAAAUAUGUUAAGGUUCUAAUAAUAACAAUGGGAGCUAAAGGUGUAAUGGUAGUCAAAUAUAAGGAUUCUGUUUCAAAAGAGGUACAUUUAAAGUUUUAUCCAACUCAAGGCCUAAAGACAAUUCAGAAUGUUUCUGGAGCAGGUGACUGCUUUGCUAGUGGUUUUAUUUUUGGAAUUCUAAAUGACAAACCAGAAGAAACAAGUGUGUCUAUAGGUUUUAGGUGUGCAGAAGCAUCUUUACUAUGUAAAACAACUGUGCCUGCUAAGUUUCCUUUUAAUUAGCAUUUAGAUAUAAGAAUUAUGGGUUUUCAAAACAUUUCAUAUGUAAGAUUAAUAAACAUAUUAUCAUAUCUCA